CAGGGUUAACUUCCCUUGCUGGGUCCCGCAAGCACCCCCGGAAACCCAGAGAAAUCAAUCCGUGCACACUGGGCUCCUGCCCUCCCCACUCCCUGCCACAACUGCGGCUGUGACAGUUCAGAGCUGCGCAACUGUGAACCUGCACCAGCCAAACUUGGAGCCUGUUUUCAUCCUCAGGGGCAGUUACAUCCCUUUAACUGCAGAGUCCGUCGGCUGAGCAAAGCCUGAGGCCAGUUCAUUGCCAGUGCCACAGGUCCCCUGAGCACUGAGACCGGAGUAACUAAAAAUAAGUAAAUAAAGGCUGAGGAGUGCCCUGUGUCUGGCCUGUCAGCUCCCUCUGACUGGGGAAGGUUCAGCUGGCCCUUGACAAAGUCGCGUGCUGGGGCCAGAGGGGUAGUACGGUGGGUGGAGCUUUUGCCUUACCAGGGUUCCAUCCCCGGCAUCCCAUAUCGUCUCCUUAACCCCAGACCAUCACUGGGUGUGACCCAAACACCAAGACCAAAGCAGGACCAAAGUCGCUAUGCCACUGGGCAGAAUGGGCACAGGCAGAGCCUUCAGCCUUGGGUGCAGCUUCUUGGCCUGGGACUUGGCUCCCAUCAGCUCACGUGGCAGUGUGCCUGCGCUGACCUCAGCCAGCCCUGGAACUCGCGGGCAAGGGCUAGCCCGGCAGCGUGCGGCCAAGCCCGCCGUCUGGACACCUGGACCGGCACAGGGACUCCAGGGGCAGGGCCACUGUCCCGGGCGUGUCGGGCCUCGCUGGGCAGGCGUCAGUGUGCCCUGGUACCCAGCCCCUAGCGGGCAGCCGACGGCCCGGGCGCAGGCGCGCCCGUGGGGGCGGGGCGGGGCCGCGCUCCAGCCCGCCCGGAAGCGCGCCGGCGGGAACGCGGGCGAGGAGCGGGACCUGGGGCGGCGGCGGGAACCCGGGCGGCGAGCGGGACCUGGGGAGCCGGCGGGAACGCGGGCAGCGAGCGGAGGGGCCGCUGGGCCGGGUCACCCGGGCGACCGCGGGGGACACGGCCCCGGCCGUGUGCGCCCCUACGGCGCCUCGCGCUGCCACUGGAACUGGGACGGUGUACCCCCUACCCUCCCACCGCUCCGGCCAGGGUCAGGCAGUGGGAGUGACAAGACCCCCGCGGCCGCGGGCGUUUCAGACCCACCCCCCAACCCGCCCCUGCGGGUCGCCUCUGACGACCUGCCCCUCUCCUGGGUCACCACCCCCCUGCGUGGGAGGUGAGUUCUGGGGGCUCCCGUCAGUGCUCAGGACCAGGGGGGGACCCCGGGCUCGUGGGCGGGGCCGAGGGGCACUGCCAGGGUGAAGGCUCCCCGCGGCAGCGUCCCCCCCCUUGAUGUCCUGCAGCCCCCCAGCCCCGUGCCUGCCAGCUGGGCUCCCGGGACCCCUCCCCCUCCCCCAGCCCCCGUGCGCACCCCUCCCCCGUCGCAGCCUCAGGCCUGAGCAGGCCCUCUGGGCGAGCCGGGACAUGUCCGGCCCCCGAGGACAGCCGGGGGGCGAUGGCAGCGGUGCCGGAGGGGCGGGAGCCCGCGGACUCGGAGGAGAGAGAUGCUGCCGCGGCGCUGCCGUCACUGUCCGGCAACCGGCUGAGCCUGGACCUGUACCCCGACGGCGGCCGCCGGCUGCUGCGCCUGUGCGCCCGGCGGCAUCCGCAGCUGCCCGACGUGCAGUUCCUGCAGCUUAGCGGCCACGAGGACCCGCGGCUGCUGGCCGCCGCGCUGGACCAGGUGCCCCAGCACCUGCCGCGGCUUCGCUCCCUGGUUCUCAAAGGGGGGCAGCGCCGUACUGCGCUGGGGGCCUGCAUCCGGGGCUCCCUGGCCACUCUGCCGGCCAGCCUGGGCGCCCUGGCCCACCUGGCCCACCUGGACCUGAGCUUCAACAGCCUGGAGCGCCUGCCCGCCUGCGUCCCGCACAUGGGCGGCCUGCGCGUCCUUCUGCUGUCCCACAACUGCCUCUCGGAGCUGCCCGCCACCCUGGGGGCCCUGCCCGCCCUCACCUUCCUGGCUGCCUCCCACAACCGCCUGCGCGCGCUGCCCCCCGAGCUGCUGGCCUCCAGCACCCUGCAGUGUCUCGACCUCUCUGACAACCUCCUGAGCACGGUGCCCCCCGAGAUCAGCGGCCUGCGCCACCUCGCCGAGCUCAACCUGGCCUCCAACCGGCUGCGCCACCUCCCGGCUUCCCUGGUGGCCCUCCGGUCCCUGCGGCUCCUCACCCUGCACAGUAACCUCCUGGUCUCGGUGCCCACCGGCCUGGCCCACCUCCCACAACUCACCCGACUGGACCUGCGGGACAACCAGCUUCGGGACGUGCCCCCCGAGCUCCUGGAUGCCCCCUUUGUUCGCCUGCAGGGGAACCCCCUGGGGGAAGCGCCGCCUGCCCCUCAGAGCCCCCCAGCGGCCCCCGCGGCGCCGGAUAUGCCCAGACUCUCCCUGAGUGCCGACUCCGACAGCUUCCCCGUGACCCCCCGAGGCUGCUCUGUGAGCCUGGCGAGCGGGGUCCGCCUGCACUUCCCCGCGGGCGCCACGGCCGCUCCCACCACGGUCUGCUACUGCCUGCGGCAGCCGGAGCCCUGCCUGGUGCCCCUGGGUCCCCACGACGCCCUGCUCAGCCCCGUCCUGGAGCUGCAGCCCCACGGCGCCACCUUCCAGCAGGACGUGGGCCUGUGGCUGCUCUUCGUGCCCCCGAGGGCCUGGCGGUGCCGGGAGGUGGUGGUCAGAACCCUGAGCGACGGCAGCUGGAGCGACCUGGAGACCCGCCUGGAGGAGGAGGCCCCCAGGAGGCUCUGGGCUCACUGCCGAGUGCUCCACUUCUCCUGGUUCCUGGUGAUCUCCCGCCCGGCCUGCAACACUUGCCUGGUGCCACCAGAGGGAGCACUGCUGUGCUCCUCGGGACAUCCUGGGGUCAAAGUCACCUUCCCCCCUGGGGCCACUAGGGAGCCCCAGCGGGUCAGCCUGCAGGUGGUGCGUGUGACCGGCCGGGAGCUGCGUGCCCUGCGCGUCCUGCUGCAGGAGCCCGAGGCGGCCGCCAGCCCCCUGCUGUCCCUGUCACACGGCGGAGCCCCCGACUUCCUGCGGCCGGUGACCGUGCAGCUGCCGUUGCCCCCCGGCGUCACUGGCCUCAGCCUGGACCGCUCGCGCCUGCACCUCCUGCACCGCGCGCCACCCGCCGCUACUUGGGACGACGUCACCGCACACGUGGCGCUGGAGCUCAGCCACCUGUACGCCCGCUUCCAAGUCACGCGCUUCUCCUGGUACUGGCUCUGGUACACCACCAAGGCGUGCGUUGGGGGCCUGGCGCGGAAGGCCUGGGAGCGGCUGCGGCUCCACCGCGUCAGCCUCAUCGCCCUGCAGCGCCGCCGCGACCCCGAGCAGGUGCUGCUGCAGUGUCUGCCCUGCCAUAAGUGCCUGCCCCACCCGAGGGGGCCACUAGGCCUGAGUCCGCUGGACCUUGCCCAGGUGGACGCCACUCUGCAGCGGCUGCUAGAGCGCUACCGCGGGCCCGAGCCCUCCGACGCCGUGGACAUGUUCGAGGGGGAGCAGUUCUUUGCGGCCUUUGAGCGGGGCAUUGAGGUGGACGCCGAGCGGCCGGACUGCGAGGCGGGCAGGGUGGCCUUUGUCUUCUACGCCCACCUGAGGAACGUGAAGGAAGUCUACGUGACCACCAGCCUGGACCGGCAGGCGCAGGCUGUCAGGGGCCAGGUGUCCUUCUACCGGGGAGCUGUGCCCCGGGAGGUGCCCGCUGAGGCGGAGGCCGCGCGGCAGAGGAAGGCGGCGGAUGCCGUGUGGAUGGCCACGCUGCCCAUCAAGCUGCCAAGGCUGCGGGCGCCCGGGAGGCCAGGCCAGGAUGGCAGUCUCUCCCUGGCCCCGCUGCAGCUGGGCGACGCAGAGAGUGGCUUCCUGACCCAGAGCAACCUGCUGAGUGUGGCCAGGCGCCUGGGCCCGGACUGGCCAGCCGUGGCCCUGCACCUGGGCCAGCCCUACCGUGAGGUGCAGCGCAUUCGCCACGAGUUCCGGUCUGUCUGUCUGUCUGUCCCCAAGCCCAGCGCUGCAGGGAGGCUGGUCGUGGGAGGGAGAGGGGUUCGCCCCACUGCCCAGGGACCCUGUCCAGGAAGAGAGGUCAGCAUGGUCCCCGCCUCCGCAGAGACGACCUGGACGGACAGAUCCGCCAUAUGCUGUUCUCCUGGGCGGAGCGCCAGGCCGGCCAGCAGGGAGCCGUGGCCCAGCUGCUGCAGGCCCUGGAGGACAGUGACCGGCAGGAUGUGGCCGAGGAGGUGCGCGACGUCCUGGAGCUCGGCCGCCGGAAGUACCGAGACAGUAUUCUGCGCACGGGCCUGGCACCACCCACCCCAGAGCCCGCUCAGGCCUAGCCACGGCCCGUGGACGCAGGGUCCCCACUGCAGCCUGUCGGGAGGGGGUGGUGCGCCCCGAGUGACAACAUGCCGGCUUGUCUCAGAGCUCUGUCCUUUGUGUGCCGACAGUGGGACGUGGCGGGGGUUCCGGAGAUCAGGGGAUCAGGCUGGGUUGGUGGCUCCUGAGUCCCCCACCCUCGGCAGCAAGAGCCAGAAGCAGGAUACAAAGUAGCGGCGGGCCGGAGCCCUAGCACGGUGCGGAGGCGCGGGCUGACCCGGGGGCCAUCCCCGGCUCCCCAGAGGGUCUCCCGAGCCCCCCCGCACUGACCCCUGAGCACCGCCGGGUGCGGGUCCGCCAAACCGAAAACAAAGUGGCCGCGGGCCUGGGCGGAUGCAGCUUCACGGGAGCCGGCACCUG